GAAGUUAGGGGAUUUCAAAAGAAAGUUAAACCGCAGUCAAUUGGUGUCGUCAUGUUCACUACCAUCCAAACCAUCGGUAUAGAAACCCAACGUCGUAGUCCCGGAUAAGAGUGAACCCAGCGGCGGUGACGGCGGCGGUGACGGCGAUAGCUACAACUGUCAACGUCCCUUAAGCUCAAUCGGCCUUACGGGGUCAAAAGAUGGCUCUAUAGACGACAACAAGGACUCAUACGCGCCUGGAUGGGAUGACUGUCAAGUUAGCGGAGAUGGCAGCAACUAUUCUGAGGGUACAAUGUCCAAUAUCGACGAAUUAGCCAAGGCUGUCCCACAGCUUCCCAUAUUCAAAAAGUGGCCGGAUGAGGAACUCAAGCUCCAACGCGAGGUCAUUGAAAAGUACGAAGCGGGAGUCAGACUGUGGACUAAAGAGAAGCUCAUCGGCAUGGAAAAUAUGAUUACGGGCCUUGGCGCCAAAGUGUGCACCUCGCUCUAUGCCGGGUCGGGGGAUUAUAUUGCUUAUAAAGAACCAGGGUACCCAUACAAGGUCGAUUUCCACGGCUACCAAGCUAUGGCUUUUCCGCUUGUCUCACGGCCCGAAGGGAUGGCAUACAGUUCCAUGACCAUUAGCAAGAUGCCAGCCUACACCUACGUACGCAAGGACCUUGACGAACAGGAGAAGAAGUUUACCCAAUGCCAGGCCACUUGGGACGAAAACCCGGUAGGGCAGCAUUUUUACUCGACCUUCAUGAGACUUCCGUUCCCGCCAUAUAUCAACAAGAUCGUGUGUAUCGGACUCGGCAACUUCAUCGCCCCGGGUAGUGAUGACGAGAGCCCGUGUAUGCUGAGUCUUUCUAUGCUAAGGCAUGCGGCUGUCGUUACCGCCGCCGAGGCGCUGUUCAAGCGAUUUGGCCGUCGAAUACAAAUUUUCGCGCAGGACGUUAAGUAUACCCCCGACUGCGCGGCGGUCCUAUUCAGAAAGGGUUUCUCCGUCGUAGGUCGACAUGGGGCAAGUGGAUUAGCCGAGAUCGACGACAUGACGUUUGUGUUUGCUCCCCCUUCAGAUUUCUGCCUCAAGGAGAUCGUAGCGGAUAUCGCAAAGCCCGCAGCUAUGUUUUGGGGCACGGUUUUGACACCGGCAGAAACCGAUAUUUCAACCAGGGUCCAUCAGCUUGUUACCUUCGGGGAGCAUAUCACGUCCGCUUGGAACUAUCAUGUUGCGGAUUUCGAUACACCCCGCGUACGUAUACUCGUCAAGGAGUACGAUGUAUUUCAGUUUCCGUACACCAACCUAUUUGGAUCAGCGUCAAUAUAUACGCUCAGGGGAAUGAGCAUAGCUAACAUUAGAUCCGAAGAUAAGACUUCUUAAUAGCCUUAGGAUUAUAUUUGUUAUGAGUUGGUAGAUAGGAGGUCCGCACGGAUACAGCGUUGGUUGUGCAUU